GAUUCUUAUGAAGGUUGAGGAACUGCCAGAAGCCCGGGUAAUGUUAGUUGGGGCAUAUUGCGGAUACACCAAGCCGGACAACAUCGAGCAGUAUUUGCGGCCACUCGUGACGGAAAUAAAUGAACUGCAUGAGAGAGGUUUGAUGUUCGGCGAUAAAAUGGUGCAUACUAAACUACGCAUGUUUGUCGCGGAUUCACCUGCUCGCUGUUUUGUCAACGCUACCAUUAGCUUCGUUGGAAAACAUAGCUGCCUGAAAUGUUCCUGCGUUGGAGUGCACGAAGCGAACAAGAGUGGAGCUGCCCCAUCAAACGAUUAAAUGCAAAUUAGUUGCUAUACGUUUACCAUCCCAAUCGCUUGCCCGCCGCCCUGUUCAACCAACAAUUCCUUCAACUACUACGGUAUUUUUCCCCCUCCUUCAUACUUUAUAGUUUUUGUAGCAAGACUUUUAUAUUUUUAAACAUGUAAAUUAAUGUUUUUACUUCUUUUUUAGAGCAGGGAUAUACAAUAUCUUGUGUACCGCAUAGGUAAGCUGAAUAAAGUAAUAAGUAUUUUAAAUAUAUCUAAUUCUUUCAAUGUCUUUUUUCAGGUGGAACGUGGAUAACAACGUUAAGAAAAAUAGAUUUUAGUGUAUGAUAUAGUUUGCUUGAUUUAAUAACUAACACGUAAAUUAAGUAAGAUUUAAUUUACUAAUCACAUUAACCUCUCUUAGUUUAUUGCAAACUUAGAUCACAUGAUGAUAACAGUUAUUAGCUAAGAAAAAAAAAUAACGGUAAUGCACAGAUUUGAGACAAUAGCAUGUUAAUUGUGGGCUCUUCAUGUUUUUCUAAUCAUUCCCACGUUACUUCAUAGAUUAUGUAUCCGUUCAAUAGUCAAAUCUGUGCAUGGGAAAGAGGUGGGACAUUUUUGUCAUCAUUUGAUUUAUCUUUUAGAAUAUUGAUUUUAGAAAUCUUUAAAACCUUUCACUGUUGUUCGUUUGAGUUCGCAUUACAAUCGUACAUGUAAAAUGGUUGACCUCAUCAUUCAUUUCAAAUUUUAAAAAAAUUAUACAUUCAACAAUACUAAAAACA